AUGAGGUUUGUCAUCGCUGCAUUUGUCUUGCAAUGUGUUUGUUGCACUCCUUGUUUAAAGAAGUUUUAUUGGAGAGAAUCGUUUGUCUGUGUGUGUAAUUCCACUUAUUGCGAUGAUGUCGAGGCAUUGGGAGAUGUGGCACUCGAAAGAGCUGUGGUUUACUCAACGGACAUGAAGCAGGAUAGAUUGACGAGAACGGAGGUGAACUUCGAAGAGCCGACUGGUAAGAUGAAGUUGCCUAAAAUUCGACUUAUAAAUAUCAAUGGUUUUUGCCAAACGUGAGACAAAGAUUUGGCAGACGCCUCCGAAAAGCAUUCCUUAAUUUAUUCCAAUCUUUAUCACAGGAUGAUACGCAUCUUGAUCUCCUUUUUAAGUCGAAGAAACCAAGUCUUUAUCUUUAGAAAAGUACGUCAAGGUAACGGUAGAUCUCUCCAAAAAGCGUCAAAAGAUCAUUGGAUUUGGCGGUUGUAUCAACGAUAAUAUUAUCCCUGCCUCUACCCAGCCUUUGCAAGACAAGCUGAUCGAUCAAUACUUUGGCAAAAACGGUGAGAAAUCGUCAAAUUUUAAAAUUCAUUUGUAGGAAUUGAAUACUCCGCCAGCCGAGUUCCAAUCGGCGCUAAUGACGCUUCAGUCGAAGAAUGGACCUAUUUAGAUACCCCAGAAGACUAUGAGCUAAAGACCUUUACGAUGGAAAAAGAUCUAAAGAUUCCGAUUUUGCAAAAGAUCGUGAAAGUAAACCCAAAGAUAAAGCUGUUUGCAGCCGCCUGGAGUGUGCCGGCUUGGAUGAAAGAAACUGGAAAACUGGCGGACGCGGGCAAAAUCAAAGGGAAAUUGAACGGCUACUUCUAUGUGUUGUAUGCGAAAUAUUUGAUUAAGUAAGUUGAAAUAUGUGAGCAAAAAGAAUACUUUCUAGAUUUAUCGAGGAGUACCGAAAUCGCAGUUUAAAUUUUUGGGGAAUAACUGUUAUGAAUGAACCCGGAGACCAGGCCAGAGAUUGGCCAGGAACUUUUAUGAAUUUUGUUGAACAAAGGUAAUAAGCUUGCAAAAAUAAGUGGAAUUUGGAGAGUUUUAGGGACUUUGUCAAGCACAGACUUGGCCCAAUGAUGAAACACACGUGGUUCACAAAGGAUAUAAAGAUUAUUGCGUAUGAUUGGCACAGAGAUCGGCUCUACGAGGCCGCAAAAGAGGUAAGAAAUACUCACCUCCUGAAAGGGUAAUAUCAAUGCAAAAUUUGCUUUAAAAAUUUGCCAACCUGUGUACAGGGAAAAGCUUUUUGUGAAAGUUCAUUUAAUUUUUCUUUCUGUUGAAACGUUCAACAUAUCGGCGCCAAGUAAAUCUUUUGUUAGUUUUCAAAAAACUGGGCCCAACUGAGUGGUUAAAAUUACCAAAAAAAAACUGAGCACCAAAUUUGUUCCGCUCCUUUGUUCAUUCAUAGCAACACACUUCUGUUUCAGAUAUACCAGGACAAGGACACUUACAUUGACGGUCUCGGUGUUCAUUGGUAUGCUCCGGAGAAUUGGGACAAGCUGGAUUUGACCCAUAAUCUCCGGCCUGACAAAUUCAUCUGGGCCACUGAGGUGGGUGCAAAAGCCGGGAUAUACAUUCAUAUACCUGGCUUUAACAUAUCAAACAUGUAAAGUUUUUUGUAACCGCGCUGAAAUCUAGCCAUACGUUUCUUCAGGCGACCAUCGACGAUUUUGGCCACGAGUACGGGCAUUGGUAUAACGCCGAGAAGUAUGCAGACGAUAUAAUCAAAAACUUACGAAGACAUGUUGCUGGUUGGAUUGAAUGGAGCCUUUGGACGAACCUCCAUGGAGGUCCAAGUUAUAUGGGAAACUUUGUUGGGUCUUCGGUCAUCGUUAACUCAACUAGUCAAGAAUUCUACAAGCAGCCACAAUUCUACGCGCUUGGACAUUUUAGGUGAGAAAAAAUGGGAUUUUAGGAAGUUUUAAUCUGUUCCGUUAAAAUUUAGCCGUAAAUUUUUACCUAAUUUACAUUGCAUUUAGCAAAUUUCUCACUGCUGACUCAAUUGUGUUAGAUUCUACUUUUGAAGGAUUCAUGGACCCUGAUCCUCCGUUAGAGGGUGUAGCCGCUGAAACUCCGGAAGGAAAUGUGGCUUUGGUUGUGAUGAACAGACACAGAAAAAAUGCUUACAAUUUGGGAAUUAGUGAUGGACGAACUGAUGGAAAGAUUAUUAAGAUUGUCAUGAAACCGAAUACUAUCAAAACCAUUGUUUGGAAAAAACCAAAGGAAUGGAAAAGUUUUCAGCAUCAGAAGUGUUUGUGCAUGCAAUAG